GCAACGAGCAAACACAAGAUCGCUAAGCCUGACUGAUCAGAGUCUACAGAGAACGCAAGCUAUGCGUAUGGGAGAACCCCUCGUACAUAUUUUGAGGAUGGUCGAUUUUUUUAAACCUCCUCGAACCCUGUACGAAGUGCCGCUCACGUGGACAAGGGACGUAGAGCACCGCACUUGGGUCGCAUACGUGGAGCUGUUGAUCAUCCAGGCGUGGAGGACGGAGGUGGAAGGAGACCUUCUCGGAUUUCUAUUCGGCUCGGUGCGUCCCAGCUAUCGACAACAGAUCGUACAGGAACUUACGAUUCCCCUCGCGCAGCUGGUUGACGAUCUGCCUCUCGAUAUUUUCUCGCUGAGCGAUGAGAGCCCGGUUCCGCAUGUCUCUUCACGAACUUUGACACCUUACCUGCAGUGGUCGGCUUGCCUCGAGGAGUUAGUGGGCAACAACAAACUGCCAUCGCAACAACCAUACCUGGAUCCCCGGGGAAUAAUCGACCUCACUUUCUUUCAACCUCGAACGGCCUCCGAAGACGAAGCAAUAACGCUAGAGGAGGAAGAGGAAGAGGACGAAGAGGGAGGCGACGAGGAAGAAGAAGAUGAAACCCCGAAAAAGGGAAGUUACAGCGAGUACAGCGCGGGAGAGCAGAGUGACGAUGAGGAAAAAGAAGACGAGGUGGAAGAAGAGGAAUCUCAGUGGGAAACCCUGGGAGAAGAAACGGAAGGCGCGAAGGAGGAUCCCGAGGCGGUGUGGAAGAGAGAAGAAAUCGCCGCCGGCAAGCGGCAGCUGGAGUACGCAAGCGAGGCGGAUCUGCCAAUCUCGAACGAUCCAGCUAAGGAUCCGGAGCCGCCUAAGCCAGAAGAUGGGGACCUUGCUGGCGAGACUUCGAGCGCACCGGCCAGACGACGGCGAAGCCGAUCCCCCUAGCUGGAUCCGGAGCCGCCUAAGCCAGAA